CAAUUUAAGAAUCCACGUUGAAUGUUUUUUAAUGUCUUUUCUACAUCUCAUUUUUUAUAGUUUGUCGAACAGAGCUGAAACCAGAGGAGCUGCUUGUCAAACUCAAGAAGUUCCAGCAAGCUACGCAGGACCUUGAAGAUGAAGUGAAGGAAACCAUGCUCCUCAGAAAUAUUAUGCAGCAAGAAGAUGACAUCUUAAAUGCUGAAGCCCUACAGCUGGAGGGCACACUGAACGAAAAGGAAGAGUCGAAUAGAUCUCUGCAGCUCAAAUGUGAAGACCUCAAGCAAGAGACACAAAGGCAGCUUGAGCAGAACCAUCAGAAAGACGAGCUGGUGAGGCAAUACUGCUUUCAAAUACAGGAAACCAAACUAAAACACAGAAAACUUCGGAUGAUGUUUGAAAAUCAGCUUCAGCAGUUGAUGGAGCAGCACAAAAACCUGUCCACUGUCUUUACUCCUCAGACACUUCCAGCGGAGAUACAAUCUGCAGAGUAUGCAACUGAGCAACUGCUGAAGGCUGGUAUGUUUUGCUUAUUUUGUUUCAUCAACAUUUUACCAUGUUUAUCCUUCUCUUAUAUCACAAACAUGCAGAUAGAUGCAGGUUGA